AUGGCCGCCCUGGCCUCGUUCACCCGCAACAACCGCAGCUACGGACAGCAGAUCGACGUCACCGCCCAGGUUUUUUUUCUAGUAGUUUUUGAUCGGAAGCAAAUUCGAAAAACUUAAGAAAGGAAAAAUCAAUAAAGUUAAGUGAAAAAAUUCGAAAAGAAACUCUGGGAAAUGUUUAGUGGCCACUAUAGGGUUUUGACGUUUUAGUGGCCACCUAAAGGGUUCAAAAUAAGUGGCCACUUCAGGGGUCUCAGUGCUACCACUAUCCCACUAAAAACUUCAGUGGCCACUUUAAGGCUUUGACGUUUUAGUGGCCCCUAUAGGAGUCAAAUUAGUGGCCACUUUAGGGGUUAAAAAAUUAGUGGCCACUAUAGAGGUCUUAGUGCUACUACUAGACCAUAAAAAAUCUAGUGGCCUCUAUAGGGUUUUGACGUUUCAGUGGCCACUAUGGAAGUCGAAUUAGAGGCCAUUUAAGGGGUCACCAUUUAGUUGCCAGUGUAGAGGUCUCAGUGCUACUACUAGACCAUAAAAAAACCUAGUCGCCACUAUAGGGCUUUGACGUUUUAGUGGCCACUAUAGGAGUCAAAUUAGUCGCCACCUAAGGGGUUCAAAACAAGUGGCCACUUUAGGGGUCAAUGGAUCAUCAUAACCGGUCCAAUCUGUUUGUUUUAAUAUUAUCAGAGUUACUGGAAGGAAUACUGGAUGAAAAACUACUGAAGUGGCCACUAAAACGGAAAAUAGUGGCCACUAUAGAAAUGGGUUUAGGGGCCACUUUAGUGUCCUUUCCAAAUAGACCUUGGCAAGCCUCUACAGUGGCCACUAAAAAAUUUCCCAACCAAAAAUGAAGGGAAUUUUGGAGAAGGGGAAAAAAGAGCUUUCGAAGGCCUUACCAACAAAAAAAGUGAAAGUUUCAAAAAUUGUUUUUACGCGCCUUUUUGAAAAAAAAAGGACGUUUCAUCAUCUUUUUCUGAAAUCUUCUUCCCUCCGAAAACAUUCGAAAUCAAUUUUUCAGGGUCAACGCUCUGCUUCGUUGGAAACCAGUGGCCGCGCAGCUUCACAGUUAGUUUUUAUUUUCUUUUUUAGGUUCCUGUGAAAUGAAAUAAUAAGCAGAAUUUGGGAGCUUGGAAAAAGUGAAAAUAUACUGAGAGGCCAGCAUAACGUAAAAAAAAAAAUAAUUUCAACAUUUUUUGGUAUUUUUUCUUUUUCCGAGUUUAAGCGUCUCUAAAAACUAGCCCAGUCGAGUGAGACUGUACUAGAAGCUAUACAAAUUGCGAGCCAUAACAGAGAAAAAGAGAGAAAAAGGCUCUGAUGACUAUUUACGGCUCUUUUCGUGGCUAUUUUUGGGACCAUCUGCGUCCUUUCUUUGCUCAUUCCUUUUUUCCGACUGUUGUUUUUUUUUUUGCACGUUUUGCGUGCUGUACAUUCGAGAAGGAUUGGAUCCGUUUGAAGCUUUUGUCGUUUUUAGCCAAUUUUGAGGUCUUUUUCGUGUUUUUAAGAUCUUGAAAGCACACGAAUUUCUUCAUAGAUCGUUUUUUCCAGUUUAUAAUGUCAAUUAGUUUCGAAUUUUAUUGAGAUCGAACGAAGCUUGAAUUUCUCAAUCAUGAGAUUUAGUUCAAUGUUGACUUUGGCUUGAUUUUUAAAAGCAAGUGUUCAAAAUUUGAGUUAAAAACAGGUUGAAUAUUUGAAAAAAGUUUCAAAGUUGAAGAAAAAAGUGUUUUGAGCUUCAUGUUUCCAUUGAUUUUUUUCAAACCUAUUUUUUUCCUGGAGAUAAUCUCAGGACUUUAUUUAAUUUUUAAAUCGGUUCUUUGAGAUUUUAGCCAUAGUUUUCAUAUUCUCUUGCUUCUUAGGUUAUGAUUGAGCAUAUAGAACGAAGAUUAAUUUAUUUUGAAGUUCAAAUUCAACCUUAAAAAAUAAGAUCUUAUAUUGUCACAAGUUAACGAAAAUGGGAGAUUUCUUGUAGAGGCUGAAAAGUACUGUCUGACAUGAAAAAAGUCAGAAUUUACAAAGUUUUCUAACAUUUUUCUUUCUAUUUUGACAAGUGUUCAAUUUUUCAAUUUUUUGAGCUCGUUUUCGUGUUUUCUUUUGGCUUUUUGAAGCAUUUUUCAGAAGUAGAAAGCUGUCUGGGAAUAACUUUUGUGGCCACUCAAGGGGUUCUUCAAGGAUCACUUGGAGAGGACACUAAGAUGUCCACUAAAACUAGUGUUUUAGUGGCCCCUAUAGUAAUUCUCUUAUAGGGGCGACUAAAGCGUCAAAACCCUGAAGUGCCCACCUAGAAUUUUCGCAGGAGCUUCAUCCAAGCCAAUAUUUGAACUCGUCUCGUUAUUCCCGAUCUUCAGAAGGUUUCGGGCUUUUGUAAAUUGAUUGAAUGGAGCCUGAACAUAGAUAUGCAAAUACAGAAUCAUUCAGCUCGGGAGGAGGAGUUGGAACCAUAGGAAUAAAUCAAGUUUCAAUCUCAGGGAGGCGGUUUUAGCCACAAUAACACAAGUUGGAGCCUGAGAGAGGUAGUAUUAACUUUAAUUUAAAAGGACUAGGGAGAAAUGGUCUGCAUUUGUAUGAGCUUGGAGAAGCUUCAGAUUCGAUCCAACCUACCAUUCUUUUCCUUGCCGUUUCCCUCCUCACGUACACCAAAAAUCGCCGGUGACUGUGCCAAUUGUAUGCGUGUGUCUGUGUGUGUGUGUGUGGACAGUCCUGAGCGCGGCUCUUGGAUGUUUAUACUGAAAGACUGGCCGAUCAGGUUCUGUUCGGGCCGCGUGUGCCUUCUCCCCGACCGACGCGUGUCCGAAUUGUGCCGUUCCACCACCACUUUCUUGUCAGUUUUUCCACCCUUGUUCAUUUUUUCCUAGAGAUCUUGUAUCGCGGUCUUUUUGAGUUGAGUUUCCAGUUUCUUUUUUGACUUUUGUCGGUAUUAAGAACAAGGUGAUUUUGUUAAAUUUUGCAUAAGCUCGGAAAUCGAUGAUGAGGUUUUUGACAAUGAAGAGGUUUCUCAAGGACUACUUGGAGAGGACACUAAAGUGACCACUAAAACCACCUCUACAGAAGCAACUGGUUUAGUGACCUCUAUAGUAGUUCUCCGUUCCACCAAUCCGACGACUAUAAUGGACACUAAAACUUCAAAACCCUAAAGUGACCACUUAAAACUUUCUCAGGAGCUUCAUCCAAGCCGAAAUUUGUUUCUAUCUCAGUGGACCUUAAGCUUCACCUUAACAGCUCUUGAUUUUCAAAUUUACCUAAAGAAAUUAAGGUUUACCUUGACUUUCACGACUUCAGAACUCAAUUGAAGUCAUUCAAAACACCUUGGCCGCACGUGGAAUGGGUGUAAAAGUUGCGGUUUUAAAAUUAGGUGUUUUUGAGAUGCGCCCGACUUGAAACGACUCUCGCACUGGUCUAUUUGAAACCUUGGAAUACGUCAAAUGAAAUUUUUGAACGAGCCGCCGCGCGACCGCAUCGCGUUGAGCCAUUCCAAAUGCGACCAUUGCGACAAAAACCAAUGGAACUUCUUACGAACUUUCAAAGUGACCUUUAAAAAAUUCAAGUUUGAACAUUUUUCGAUCUAUCAACAUAAUCUCUAGAUUAUUAACAACUAGAAUUUUGCAAAAAGACAUAAAAGUAAAGUGACAAAAAUCUUGAAACAUAACAAAAAAACGAGACAAUAGGAAGUUAUCAGAGCGUGAUGAAAACGCCAUUCAUCAUAUCCAGAUAUCAGAAUCACGCCUUUUUUCUCCCGCACCUUUUCAUCGACACAAUUUUCUCGUUUUUCCCGUUCUUUCUGACGUCUUUUUCCAAAUAUUUUUUUGAAACUUGGAGAAUCUUGUGAUUUUGAGAAGUUUUGAAAGAGGUCUUUAGAGUUUUCGAGCGUUUUUUGUUGUUACAAGUUGAAAAAUUAGUUUUAAGGGUUCAGACUGAGGAAAGUUUGAAAUAAAUGAUGGUUUAUGUAGAGUUUUUGGUAGAUUUUUUCACUUUUUCGAUUUUUUGAGUUUUUCUUCUGGCGGUUCUAUUACAGGAAUUCGAUAAAUCAAUGAAUUGAUAACAUUUUUUUCAUUUUCAGAAGCUUUUUGUGAUGAUUUAAACUUUUUCAAAGAGCCUUUUUCUUCAUUUUUCUGGAAUCACUCAAACAUACAAAAUUUAAAAAAAUGACGAUUUAUCUAUAUUUUUUUCGAUGUUUCUUCAAAGUCAUUGGUUCGAUUUUUUUCAAUUUUUGGCGAUUUUGAAGAUUUUAUUAUCAGCAAUGCUUUCAAGAUUUUUUUAGUCGGUAAAAUUUUUUUUCAUAAAGCUUUUCUUGAAAUAUUCACACUACAAAAAUAGAAAAAAUAUGGUUUUUCGUCGAUUUUUUUAUGCUUUUUUUCAGUGAUAAGUUUGAAUUUUUCCGGUUUUUUUCUGCGAUUUUGAGAAUGUAGGGGCAAUUUUGAGAAUUUUAAUACUCUUAGAAGUUCUUUCACAGCAUUAUGGAACUUUUCAAGCUUUUUUUCGUUCAGUUAAUUUUGAAAAAAUUUUUUUUUGAAUGGUUGUUUCAAUUUCUUUCACUCUUGCAAUGCUAUUUCUCCAUAAUCCCAUAUUUUCUUUCAUUUUUUUUUGUUUUUCUUUUUUUUCCAAGAAAAACAGAGCUCCAGACACUGAAGUCCAUUAGAGCGCGUCUGGAGUUUUAUUGAUACUUUGGCUGUAAAAUGUUCCCCUCCCUGCGGUUUCGUAUAUAUAUUUAUUUGAACAUUUAUUUUCCGGCCACGAAAAUGAAAUGCACAUUUUGCACACAUAUUUUGUGGGAAAUUGUGUGUUUUUGUUAUUUUUUUCUUGGAAAAUCUUCGUUUUUUUGAAAUUAAAAAAAUUAAAACUUUUCGAUAAUCAAGGCCUUUUUGAUGUUUUUAAGAGGUUUCGGUAUUGCGAAAUUCAUGGUUCUUAGAUUUUUCUGAAUUUCAAGAUCUUUACCAAAAAGUUGCUCCUCAUAUUUUUGAGCUUUACAAGGUCCUAUUGGAAAAAUACUUGAAAAAUCAUAAAUUUUCUAGUUUUUCAUAGUUUUGAUGAUUUUGAUUGUAUCAUAUUCUAUCAUUUUUCGAAAACUUAUUAGACUUUUUUUUUACUCGGAAUGGCGUUAAAAUCGAAAAAAAAUCCCAAGGAGAACUGACUUUUAAAAAAAAUUCUUUCAUUUUUUUUGGCUUUUUUUGAAACAUUUUUCAGCAAAAGAGAUGAUUUUUUUCAUCUUUUCCUAUCAUAUUUUCAGAAAAAAAGUCUUAUAUCGAAGAAAAUUUGGAGAAAAAAACUUUUUUUCCAUUUUUUUGAGCAUUUUUUUGAAGCAUUUUUUGAAGCAUUUUUUUGAAGCAUUUUUUUGACUCAAUAAAACAGUUUUUCUGAGCUUUUUUUCAUCAUAAUAUUAAAGAAAAAAAGGAAGAAAAUCUGAUUGAAACAUCCCAUUUUUUUGACAGUUUUUUUAAACAGAAAAAAAAUAUAAUUUUUUUAAAAAAAUCUUUUUCUUUUUGUAUCUUCAAAACAGGCUUGAUUUGGGCCUGAAAAAUCAAAAAGAAAUUUGAAAGACCGAAAUUUUCAACUUUUGAUCGAUUUUUGAAGCAUUUUUUUGAUUGGAUAAAACAGUUUUUUUCAGCUUUUUUUAUCAUUUUAUCGAAGGGAAAUGAAGAAAAAAACGGACUGAAACACUCCAUUUUUUGACAGUUUUUUUGAAGCAUUUUUGACCGAAUUUUUCCUAACUUUUUCGAUCAUAUUCCCAAAAAGAUGUAGGAAAAAUGACCGAAAUUUUCAAUUUUUGAUCGAUUUCGAAGCAUUUUUGAUCGUUUGGGAUGAUUUUCUCAGCUGUUUCGAUCAUAUUAUGAGAGAAAAAUGAACAAAAAAUGACUGAAACUUCCCAUUUUUGACAGUUUUUGAAGCAUUUUUGACCGAAUAGGAUGAUUUUUCCAGCUUUUUCGGUCAUUUCCCCAAAAAAUGUAGGAAAAAUGACCGAAAUUUUCAAUUUUUGAUCGAUUGGGAUGAUUUUCUCAGCUGUUUCGAUCAUAUUAUGAGAGAAAAAUGUAGAAAGAAUGACUGAAAAUUUCCCAUUUUUGACAGUUUUUGAAGUAUUUUUAAUUUUUGGGAUGAUUUUCUUAGCUGUUUCGAUCAUAUUAUCAGAAGAAAAGGAAUAAAGUUCGAUUGAAACACCCAAUUUUUGACAGUUUUGAAGAAAUGAAUGAUGAUUUUCUCAGCUUUUCCCAUCAUCUUCUCAAUGAAUAUGCUUUCGGAGACCUUGGCGCGAAUCAAAACGUGAUUGAUUUCGGUGUGAGAUCCGAGUGGCCGAAAGAUGAAUUGUGUUGGGAGAGAUUUUCGAGAGGAAAUGACCAUUUGGCCGGCUUCCAACGGCUUUUCUCUCCUUCGUAUGUUAUAUUGUUGGGCAAUCGAGGCUUUUAUUGGCUUCUUUGGCUUGAUUUAUCGUUUUGUGACUUUUGAAAUGACUGAAAUGCGUUGUGAGAACUGUCUAGAACUUCAAAAAUCAAAGAAAUCACCUCGAAUUUUAAAGGCAUAGGGGCAGUAAAAAACGGUGUUUCAGUUCAAAGCAGUAAUUUAUAGAGCUUUUCAUCGCAAAUCGAACGGUGAACUUGAAAACGUACAGAAGUUCCUAGUUUUGGAGAAAAAUUAAUUCAAAGUCGGAGAGAGAAAAGUUUGAGUUCCCGCGAAAAGGGCGUUUUGCAGCAAAGUUGCUCUAUGGACAACACGCUUUGCCGUCUUCCGGAUUUUCCCUUUUUUCUUCGUUUUUUUCAAUUUUCGAUUUUUUCUGUUGUCACCAAAGUUCUUUUCGUCACAAAAGCUUACUAUUCAUGUAUAGUUUGCAAACUUUAAUCGCAAAAACGCUUCUCUGGUGAAAAAUGAUGAUUUUACACAGGCUUCGAUUGGGAUAGCGAUUAUUUGUGUUUUCUUUAUUAUCAAUGUGUUUUUCUGUUUUUCUUAAUCGAUUUUUCAAAAAAGAAAUCCUUAAUUUGAAGCAGAUAUCCAGUUAUUUCUCACAAAAUGCGAGUCUAAUGAGACGUCCGCAACAUCGCGUGCACGGCUACUGUAAACAGUUGUCCGUAGGCCGAUCCAUAGCUUUUUUCAAAAUUGAAGGCGGGAAAGUAAAAUCGCGUUUUUCUUCUAAAAUUGUCACAUCUGUAAUUUUUUUGAGUACACCAUUCGAUUCGCAAUGAAAAACUAUAUAAGAUACUGCUUUCACCUGAAACCCCAUUUUCUACUGCCCCUAUGCCUUUAAAAAUUCCUCAGCAACUUGUCAGAGUUUUCUGAUGCCUUUGAAAUUUCGCAUAAAAAUUAUUUUCGUCUGAAAGUUCGAAAGGGUCAAGGGGUCCAAGGACAUUGGAAAAAUCCAGAAAAAACACCUGAUUUACUUCAUGAUCAAGAUAUUUUACAAAAAAAGGCUUCUUUGGCUUGAUUUUUCGUUUUCCGACUUUUGAAAUGACUAAAAUGCGUUGUGAUCUUGAUUUUAUGAACCGUUUUUUUUUUAAUUGAUCUUCUUUUUUGGGUUGAAAUUUCAUAUGGCACGGGGUAAAUUUCAUUUUUUUAUAGGUUUCGGUAGCUUGAUAGAAGAAAAAAAUAUUCUUAUUUUUAAUGUUUUUUUCCGGGAUUUUAAACAAUUUUUUUGGUUUUUUUGAAAAGACCAUUUCUUCAUGCUUUUGAUAGUUUUUGAAUAAAAUAUACAAUUCGUUUUUUUCGAUUUUUUUCGAUUCGAUUGAAGUAAGCCCGUUUUUCUAGAAAGUUUGAAAUCUGAAAGUUCGAAUUUUUUUGUUGUUUCAUUUACAUUUUAUGACUUGGAAUAAGUGAAAUUUGACUAUUCCCUUGCAUUUUUUUGAGUAUUGGUUAGGUUUUUUUGUGAAUUUUUUUGAAGUAAAUCAGGGUUCUUUUUCUGGAUUUUUUUCAAUGUCCUUGGACCCGUUGACCCUCUCGAACUUUCAGACGAAAAGAUUUCAAAAGCAUCAGAAAAUUCUGACAAGUUCCUGAGGAAUUUUUCAAGGUGAUUUCUCUGAUUUUUGAAGUUCUAGACAGUUCUGAGAGCUUUAUCGAAGCUUGAGAAAGAACGCGAAAAAAUUUGACAUCUGCAAAAUUUUAAAGAACCAAAAGAUUCUAACAUUUUUAGACCUUUUUUUCUGAAAAAAAUUUUUGCAAUUUUGAGAAGUUUGAUCAAUUUUUUUGAAGCUCUAGAAGAAUCUGAGAGCCUUGUCGAUGCCUAAGAAAGAACGGGAAAAGUUUUUUUCACUGGUUAAUUUCAAGAGGAACCGGAAGACUCAAAUCUUUAGACCUUUUCUGAGAAAUUUUACAAGUUCUGGCUGAUUUUAUUCAUUUUUAAAGUUUUAGUAGACUCUGAGAACCUUAUCAACCCCUUAGAAAGAACGGAAAACGUUUUUUUUUUUUGCUUCAAAACCCCCAGAAGAACCAGAAAAGAACAUUUUCAGUUGUUUCAAAUUGGCGAACAGUUGUCGAGAGUCAUUCUGACACGAUGAUUGAGAAGUUGCACCUCCAUCGGUGUUCCCCUUGAAGUUUCUCACUAUUUGUAACUUUUUCCCUCCGAAAAGUUGAAGUUUAAAAUGUGUGCCACGGCACUGAGUAGUACAAUCACAGAGUUCGAGAUGAGUUGCAGCUUUUGAAGAAAAAAAAUGAAAAUUGUCAAUGGAGCGCAUAAUCUCACAAAAAAUUCGAAUUAUCGAUUUUUUUUAACUUUAAAUGUGGAGCAUGUUUUUAACAGUUGAAAGAACUCUAUGUGAAAAACUGGAGUAAAUUUUACAUUUAUCUGAAAAUUUUGCAGCGUUUAAAAGCUGAAAUGGCUUCAGAAAAAGAAAAACACUGAAAUUUGUCAAUGGAGCGCAAAAAAACAUCGGAGAGCUCAAAUUAUUGAUUUUUUUUGUUAUUUAGAAAAGUCGAGAAUAAUUUAAACAACUGAGAGGACCUCAUGUGAAAAACGGGAGUAUCCUUCUUUAUUUUUUGUCCGUGGAGCGCAGAAAACCGAGAUUCCAUAAAUUUUUGCGGCGAUUUUUUCCUUCCACUUUCAACCUCUUGAGACCCCAAAAAUUGUCAGUCAUUGUUAGAUUUUUGCUCCCUUUUUACGACCUUUGCUCUUUUUUGCUCUGUGAGUUAUAUCGUGCUCCGAAUGCUCUUCUCUCCUGGGACUUGGAAGAAAUUGAGAAACGAACCUUUUGGUGUUACAACGACGAAUAUCUGCGGACAUUCGUUCAUUCGAACAUUGUAGUGGAUCCAACGCGUUUUUUUCAUGUUCUUUUGUCUUUCUGCGUUUCUCGACGGGUUUCUUUUUUGGGUUUUCGGAGCUUUUCUUCAGUUUUUAGUUCAGUUUCAUUGCUCAGUGAACUUAUGAUUUAUUUUUUCGAAUCAAAGAGAUUCUGGUCUUGAGACAGUUUCUGAUAUUUUUCUUGAAUUUUCUUGGUCGCAUGGAGAAUGGCUCACCGCGUUGCGGUCGCAAAGCGGUUUUUAGAAUUUCGCCCGACUCAAAGCGACUUACGCAUGUUUACAUUACUAUGAUGGUCGAAGAAAUGUUUGGAACAAGCUGCAAUGCUUAGAGCCAUUCCAAAUGCGACCAGAAUUUCGGGAUUUGAGCAAAAUUGAAGAGAAUCACUUCCUCAUACAGUUUUAAAACUUUGACCACUUUUUUGAGCUUUCUCAUCGUUUUGAAAUGGAUCAGCGCGUUGCGACUGCGAAAAGGAUUUUCAAGCUGCGCCCGACCAGAAGCUACUUUCGCGUGCCAUUAUUGGAAGCCUUAAUGUCGAAGAUGCAUGCAACCAGAACUACAGGGCGAUCGGGAAGCUUUGAGCCAUUCCAAAUGCGGCCAGAUGACUUCAAAAAGACUUUUACUUAAUGAUUGGUCGCAUUUGGAAUGGAUAAACGCUUCUGAAAUGAUGCGCCCGACUAAAAAUGACUCCCGCCAAAUGCAAUUUCGAGCCGUGAAGCUUUGAGCCAUUCCAAGUGCGACCAGUUGACUUCAAAAAGAGAUUUUUACUUAAUGAUUAGUCGCAUUUGGAAUGGAUAAACGCUUCUGAAAUGAUGCGGCCGCCUAAAAAUGACUUUCGCGAGAUGCUAUUUUGAGCCGUGAACUUUUGAGCCAUUCCAAGUGCGACCAGAUGAUUUCAAAAACGGGUCGCUUUGUUUAUGAUCUCCCUUAUAACAGUUUGGUCGCAUUUGGAAUGGAUAAACGCUUCUGAAAUGAUGCGCCCGACUAAAAAUGACUCCCGCCAAAUGCAAUUUCGAGCCGUGAAGCUUUGAGCCGUUCCAAGUGCGACCAGUUGACUUCAAAAAGAGAUUUUUACUUAAUGAUUAGUCGCAUUUGGAAUGGAUGAACGCUUCUGAAAUGAUGCGGCCGCCUAAAAAUGACUUUCGCGAGAUGCUAUUUUGAGCCGUGAGCUUUUGAGCCAUUCCAAGUGCGACCAGAUGAUUUCAAAAACGGGUCGCUUUGUUUAUGAUCUCCCUUAUAACAGUUUGGUCGCAUUUGGAAUGGAUAAACGCUUCUGAAAUGAUGCGGCCGACUAAAAAUGACUUUCGCGAGAUGCUAUUUCGAGCCGUGAACUUUUGAGCCAUUCCAAAUGCGACCAGUAAGACUUCAAGUUGUUUCAAUACAACUUUUUUCCCAAUCAACAGUGUUGAACGGAAGGAAAAACGAGAUCCUCCUUUUUUUUUUUCCUAUCCAUUUCUCACUCUCACUUAAUGCUUCUUCGUCUUUUUUCUUUUUCUUCGUCUUCUGCUUCAAACCCAUCCCCCCACGUUUAUUAUAUGUAUUAAACCAAACGGAAAGUGUUUUCCACUAGAAAUUGUAAAGCUUUUCCUUUCCUGAUGACUUUUUUGAAAAAAGAGGAAUUUGUGUAUUUUUCCGGUUCUCUUGGACGUGAGCCGUUGACCACACGGUGUCGAGUUUCAUUUCUUUUUUUUUGAGUCCGGGACAGUUUUUUUCCGCUCUUUUUUUGAAGUUUUUUUGGCGAAUUUUUUUGAGCUUAAAGGAUUUUUUUAAAUCUGAAGCUUUGAAACAAUUUUUUUCUUAUUGGGAGGUUUUGGCAUAAAAAAAGCAUUGGAAAAGUUAUUUUGAAAAAAAUUUUUCAUUUUUUUCGAAAAAAAUUUUUUUAGGAUUUUUUUGCAAGAAAAAAAUGAUCAUUUUUUUGAUUUUUUUCUCAAGUUUAUUAUAGACAUUUGGUCAAGCUAAAAAAAUAAUCUCAAUUCCGAAAACUCCUUUUUUUGAUAAUUUUGAGCUCCUCAACUUUAUUUUUCAUCGUUUUGAGGGGAAUUUUGCGAUUUUAUCAAGAUUUCCUUGUUUUUUUAUAUUCAUUUUUUUGAAAGUUUUUGAUCUUUUUUUCUAUGCAACCUUUGCCGUUAUCAAGAAAUAAUUCCAAAAAAAUGGCCCAAAAACUUCAAAUUGUAUUUUUUUGAACAUUCAAAGUUUUGUAUUCGAUCUGAAAAAAACUUUUUAUUUGUAUUCUCGUUUUUUUAUUCCCUAUAGAACCAUUUCAAGUGGAAAACAUGGUUGUUGACUUUUGAGGAACUCGUUUUUUUCUGAUUGUUACCCGAUUUUAUAGGUACUUUUAUUGAGGAAUUCCGUUUGCAACGUCGAUUUUGCUAGGUUUUUCCCGUAAAUAGGCUCAUUUUCUUUGCAGAAUUUGAUCCAAUGGGAAAAUUUUCACUUUGAAUUUUUUCUCAAGUCCAUUUUUAAAGGCUGUUCAUAGGCACCCGAGCGUCACAUUUUGCAGAAGGGAUUCCCCCAUUUUCUCCAAAAAGUGAGAGAGAGAAAAGGUCGGUCAUAAAACAACAGGAAACAGGAAAAUGGCGGCGUGUGAAAAACACGAGAAAAUACCGGUACCUGUAGGAAAUUGGACACUUUUUUUUGCACGCGAGACAGAAAACAAACACGGGUGCUUUUUGGGGCGUUUGCGGUCGCGUCGCGGUUCUUAAGGCUUGAGAAAAGUUCAGAAUGAAAAUCACAGGGGUUUUUGAGCCUAAUAAAGCUUAUUUGGACAGAAAAGUCAGUUUUCAAUACGUUGCGGUCGCGUCGCGGUUUUCGAGGCUCAAAAAAAACGUUCUGAAUUGAAAUGAGAGGUUUUUUGAGGCUCUCAAGGUUUUUUUUUACUAGACAAAAAAGUAAUAGCUUCCGAUACGUUUCGGUCGCGUCGCGGUUUUCGAGACUUGAGAAAGGUUCCAGAAUGAAAAUCACAGGGAUUUUUGAGCCUAAUAAAGCUUAUUCGUACAGAAAAGUCCGUUUUUCCGAUGCGUUUGCGGUCGCGUCGCGGUUUUUGAGGCUUGAAAAUAAUUCAGUAUCUUAAUGAGAGGUUUUUCGAGGCUAUCAAGAUUAGACGAAAACUUUAAUAUUUUCCGAUGCGUUUGCGGUCGCGUCGCGGUUUUCGAGACUUGAGAAAAAGUUCAGAAUGAGAAUCACAGAGAUUUUUAAGGCUAAGAAAAUUUAUUCGGACAGAAAAGUCCGUUUUUUUCCGAUGCGUUUGCGGUCGCGUCGCGUUUUUAAAAAUUCAUUGGCUGGAUUUUCAAGUGAUUCAAAAACAAUUCAAGCUCUAAGAAUCGUCAGAAAGCUUCAUUUAAACAUCAGACAGUUUUUUCCUCUCAUUCCGCCUUUAACUGGUACUUUAUGAUCGCAUUUAGAAUGGCUUAGAACAUCGCGGUCGAAGCGAUGCCAACAGUCGCAAGUCGUUUCAAGUCGGGUGCACUUUCAAACCAGCCAGAUCCAUUCUACGAAACCAGAAAAAUUCAAUAUCAUUCCCAAAUUUGCCCUUCAAAGAUGAAAAAUUGGAAGAAAGUCGGAAAUCUGGUUCCAAGCCCCUCGAGUGACCACUUCAAUAUACGUCCAUUAGGAGAAGGAUGGAAGUUAAUUGGCCAGAAUUUAUGUUUUCGACGAUUUCCCAACCUGCGGCGGAGGUCGUCCACCUCUUAUUCUCUCUGGAUUUGAAGGUCUUGGAUGGAUUUUUAGUUUGUAGUUUGCUUAUAGAGGGUCAAAAAUUAGAAAUUUUGAAAAAUUAAAUUUUUUUUCUAGUCAUUUUUUUGUUUUCCCUGAUAGCUUAACUUUGAAAAAAUCAGAAAAAGAACUUUUUUCGGCAUUUUGAGCCGAUUUGGACAUUUUAUUCGACUUUUUUCUUCAAUUUUCUGUCCUUUGAAUCAAAUUUAGUGAAGGAUCCUAAAAGGUUCAAAUUUAUUCAAUUUUACAGCUAAAAGCGCGAUUUUUUAAUUUUUCUUUGACCUGUGUAAAUUAGAUUUCGAUAAUUUACUGGGAAAAUUUUUAGUGGUCACGAGGCUCGCCAAGGACUACUUGGAGAGGACACUAAAGUGGCCACUAAACCCACCUCUUUAGUGGCCACUAUUUUCCGUUUUAGUGGCCACUUCAGUAGUUUUUCAUCCAGUAUUCCUUCCAGCAACUCUGAUAAUUUCAAAACAAACAGAUUGGACCAGUUAUUUUGAUCCAUUCACCCCUUAAGUGGCCACUAAAAUGUUCAUUGGUCUAGUAGUAGAACUUAGACCUCUAUAAUGGCCUCUAAUAUUUAACCCCUUAAGUGGCCACUAAUUUGACUACUAUAGUGGCCACCAAAACGUCAAAACCCUAUAGUGACCACUAAACAGUACUUGCCAAAUCGGUUAUAAAAAUUCAUAAUUUUCAUGACGGUUCCGUAUAGAAAACUGUAAUUUUUUUCAUAAAAUUGUUUUUUUCUUGGAAUCAGAAGCUUUGAUCCGAAUUUAACUGAUAGGAUUAAAUUUUAAAAAAAAACUACGAAUAACGAGAUUUACAACGCCUCCUCAUUUGAUUCCCCAGACCGAUUAUCAUUGAAGCUUUCGCCUACUUGAAAAAAGAUUAUCUUCCCUUCUUUUUCUUUGUUUUUUUCACUUUUGUCUGUUUUGUACCAAUUCCGGUUGGAUAAAGGGAUUUUGUAGGAUCGCGUGAGGUUUUUUUUCCCCUCGCUCUUGUCUAGAAAUUUCGUAUUUCUCUUCAUUCUUAUCACUGAAAAUGGCUUCCAAAACGGAUUCUGAUUUGAAUUUACUGUCGAUUUGCGGCGUCUUGGAUGAUUCUCUUUAUUGGUGAGUUAUUGGGAUAGUAUGGUCGCAUUUGGAAUGGCUCGAGAUGCGUUGCGGUCAGGUUUGAACCUCGACGAGUUGAGCCAUUCCCAGUGCGACCAAGAUUAAGAAAAUUGAGAAAAGUUUUAGAAAAAAAAAAGUUAGAUGGUGGCGUUUGGAAUGGCUUGAGAUGCGUUGCGGUCGCGGUCGAGUUAAAGUUCCAAAACCGCCUCGCGACGGCGACGCGUUGAGCCAUUCUCAGUGCGACCAGGUUUACAACAAUUCAUAGAAGAAAAAUUAGGAAGUUGCGUUUUGAUAAAAAAAAAGAUUUUUUUCGGUAGCACUGUGGUUUGAAUUCUGAAAAAAAUGGAGAUUGGUUUUUAGCAGAUAGAGAGGUGCUCAUUUUUCCCGAAUUUUUUUGACAAAACUAAUCAUAAAAUAUUUAAUCUUGAAAAAAAUAUCUUGAAAAUUUCCUUAAAGUUCCACCUAAUUUAUAAUUUGCUUCGAACCCAUCAAAACAAUCAAUUUCACUUUUUUAAUUCGCCGCGGGGCGCAUUUACUCUCCCAAUCGGCUAUUAUCAUUGACGGACCGAUUUAAUCGGCCAUGAGAAGGUAUAUGAACGAGAAGAAAGCGAAAACAAUGAGAAAACUGUACGGAAAGUCAGAGGAAAUAGCUGGUUUUAAGGAAAAUUUUGGUUUUUUGGGGUUUUUACGGAAAAUUAUGGAUAAAAUUUGGCGUGAAAUGAGCUAAUUUUUACUGUUUUUUUCUUCUUAGCGGUUAUCGGAAAAAAUUUGAGUCCUUAGUUGAAAAAAAAAUUCAUUAUUUGGUCGCAUUUGGAAUGGUUAGGCGCGUCGCGGCGUACUGAAAUUUUUGAAAAUUCCCUUUUUUCGGAUCUUCUAAUUCUACAUUUUUUUUUUUUGAAUUAAUUUAUCAAAAUUAUGAAUUUAUAAAAAAAUAAGCAAUUCCAAAUGCGACCUUUUCCGAUCCAAAUCGCGAAAGAGCGAAGUCGUUUCAAGGUCGGGUGCAGUAAAAAAAAAGCAUUUUCCCCCGUUUCAUAGACUUUUUUUUUGGAAAAGUAAAAGAUUACGACGGUUAGAAUGAAAAUAACAAAAGUAUCGAAAUGAGCCAUUCCAAAUGCGACCAUUUCAUGACAAAAGUUGGAUUACCGGUUCCGACCGUACCCUUUAAUUUCUCCAGUAUAACUGAACUUGUUUGACUUUUGCAUCCCAAUUAUAAUUGGCCUCCACAUCAAAAAAGUUGUUUUGCGAAGGUUCAUUUUUUGUUUUUUGUACACAAAGUCGUUUUGUUCUGGAGAAGAAGAAUACAAGUUUUUUUUGGAAGGGUCAUUUCGAAACGAAAGUUCCUUCUUUUGAAGAGAUUGAGUUUUGUAGCUUUUUUCUAUGAGAAAACGUAUUGAAAUUAGCGAAAGUUAGAGAUAAUUGGAGAGGAGGAGAGCGCAGAGAUAUGAGAUCCUUUUUUACCUGUCUGGUGUCUCUUCUAAUCCAGUUCUCUAUAACCUUGAGUCUUUGAGCUUAGAAAACAAUUUCAUAAUCAUGAGAUUAGAGAUCAAGGAAUCGAAUGAGAGCGCAGACAUGCGAGAUAGUUUUCUAACUGUCCGGGUGUCUCUUCUAUUCUCAUGAUCUAUAAUCUUACGGCUUUUUUCUUCAAUUUCAUUCAGUGUAAAGAAGGGAAAGCUCAUGAUGUUAAGAAAAUUUAGAGACUAAGAGAUUGGAGGAGAGCACAGACAUACAAGAGAAAUUUGACUGUCUGGCUCUCUCUUCACUCAUCGUAGUCUCUCGCUCUGUUUUAUAUUUUUCUAAUUUUGAAAAUGAUUUAUUUCUCUAGUUAUUUUAAUGAUCUUUUUUUUGACCAAACCUGGGCUCUCUCACUUUUCCAUACUAUCUAACUUUUGAUGAUUCAGAUAUUUUUCUAUGAAGUUUGAGUGUAUUUUGAUAAACUGUCUAUAUGCCUAGACCCUCUCAUUUUUAAAAACUGUCUAGUUUUUGAAUGAUUCUGGACACUUUUUUUUGAAUUAUAUCUUCAUAAGAAAAGAAAAAAUUGAGUCAUGAAAAACCCAAUUUUUUUUCUUGACUUGAAACCGUUUCCUGUGCUUUUUGAGACACACAGGGCCGCGAUUCUCCCUAAUGCGCCUGGUUUCGUUUCCUUUUCUUCUUCUUCUUCUUUCUUUUUCGGUCCCUAUUCAGCUUUUCCAGAAGUUUUUCUCGCUAUGUGUAUUUUUUUGGGGUGAGGUUUCGUGUACUUUUUCGAAUUUCGUUGAGGAUUCUCUGAAAAAAAUCUAAAAAAAUUUUUUUACCUAUUUUUUUCCUGUUUCUUGGGAAGUUUGAAAAUAAUGAACGUCAACUUUAUAAUAAUAGUGCUAAUGCAAUAUUGUUCUCUGGAAUAACAGAUUUUUUUAGAAUUUUGUCAAGAAAUCACUUAAAUGAUCACUUUGGGAGUGAAUCUUCCAGUAAAAUAUCCUUUUUUUGGAUUUUUUUUUUUGACUAAAUGUUUUCUUUCUUUAUGAAGAUAUAAUGAAGAUACAUCUCUCAACGAUUUUUUUGAACUACUUUUUGAAAUUUUAAAACCUGCAAAAGAGGUCUCAGAGUGAAUUCUCAACAAAUCAAUUGUAUAAAUCUCAUUUUUUUCGGUUCAGAUCCCCUUUUUAAGUUUCGGAAUCUUCCAGGAAAAUCUCUUUUCUUUGAAUUUUGAUCUGUUAGUAUUGUAUUAUAUCCUUAUUUUUUUUUUUGCAAAAUUUGAUAUUACAGUGACUCGCCGUCAGCCCCGACUCUCGUCCGACAGUUGUGCCUCCCGGGUCUCAGCACGUCUGCGUCCUUCGGCGGCACUGUUCCCUCUUCCUCGUCGUCGAACUCGGCGUUCACAGCCGUCGGCGCCGCCACGGGCCUUGGCGGCAGCGGAAAUCUCUUUUCCACUUCCGGAGGACACUACUCGGGAAGCAGCUCAUCGCUUGUUCAGGUGAAAAAAUAACCGAACUUAAACUAGUUGUCAGUGGAGCGAAAUAGGGUUAGAAAUUAUAGCCGCAGUGAGGUUUAAUGAAAGAUUAAGGAUAAUCCAGUCCUUGCUGGUCAGGUAUAAGACUUGAAGUGAGGUAGCUGAAAAACAAGAUGGUCUUGUGGGGACCUAAUAAAAAUCAGUUGUCAGUGGAGCGAAAAAGACUUGAUAGUGAUAGCCGCAGGAAUGUAGAAUAGAAGCUCCUUAACUGAUCAGGUAAAAGAUUUCGAGAUCGAUAUGAACUUGGGGACAGAACCCAAUCAAAAAUUGUUGUCGGUAGAGCGUAGAAGGGUUAGAAAUUAUAGCCGCAGUAAUUUUAAACAAAAGCAUGGAUUUCAAUCCUCGCCUGAUCAGUUGAAUAUUUGGAGAAAGUAACUUCAAAAUCAAUAUGAACUUGGGGACAGAACCCAUGGGUUGUAAUCAAACUCAGUUGUCAGUAGAGCGAAAAAGACUUGGUAAUAAUGGCCGCAGUAAUUUUAAACAAAAGCCUGGAGAGAAUCCCAUUCUCGCCUGAGUAUCAGAUUAAGAUAAAUUUAUCUCAAAAUCAAGAUAAACUGAUUCAAAAAAAAACCGUAUCAAACUCAAUUUUUAUCCGUGGAGCGCAAAAGCCUUGGCUAAAAUUUGCAGCUGUUAAAUUUCUUUAUCAAUUCUCAGUUCAAAACUUUGAAGAUCUAUGAAAUAUUAGAGUAAACUUUCCUGAAAUCACCAAAUUGAACUCAGUUAUCCAUGGAGCUGAAAAGCCUCGGAAAAAAUAGCCGUGAUCAGAAAUUUUCCAAAAAAUGAGAACACACUUUUUUGGGACGCAUAUUUGAUGGAUUUGUGGGGAGUUUCUGAAAAUGAGGUCUGGAUUUUUCAUAAAGGAUUAUUAUAAACUCAAUUUUUAAUCUUAUAUGGGAAUAGGAAAAAAAUGAAAGAAAAAGAAGCUCACGAAAAAAUGAUGCAACCCCCCCCCAGACACAAUUUUCCUCAACAUUUCACAACCUGGACCAAGUUUUGAAAUAAUGCCGAGAAAAAGUUGACCUUGGUCCAAGCACGACACGAUCCCACACCGAAUCAUGAUUGUCAUGAUGAACCAUCUGAUGUCAUUCUUUGACCAAAUAUUUGCCCAAUGUAUUUAUACCAGGCGGGGUCUGGAAAAAGCAACGGAAAAACACAAGAACACACGCUUUUGAACUGUGGUUUUGCACGGUUUGAGGUCACUUUUUGGGCCCCUGGAAGUGGUUUUUUGAGCUGAUAGUUUGGAAAAAGUUGGAAAAAGAGCUUUAUUUUCAAGCUUUCACAUGCCAUUUUUGGACAUAUUUCGAAAAUUUUCCGCUAAUUUUGUACAAUAUUAUUCUUUUUUCAACGGAAAACGUAUCAUUUCAAAAAGUUCGUCGAUUUAAUUUUUCGAAAUUUCUGGUUCUACCAUUUUUAUCUUGACCUUUUUUUAUGACAAACUUGAACCACGGAGCUAACUCUCGCAUGUGAAAAAUUUUUUCAAUUGCACCCGACCUGAAACUACUCGAGCUCUGUGGUAUCAAAGAUCAUGCCGCAACGCGUCAAGCCAUUCCCCAUGCGACCAAAACUCUAAAACUUGUGGAAAACGGUCAAUUUCACUUGUAGAAUAGUUACCAGAACUAAAAAAAAAGUCCGAUUUUUCCACGUUUCCAUAAUUUAUCUCAGUCGGUGAGAGAGAAGAGAGCGCAGACGGGUCAGACGCUGUUCAAAGUCGGUCUGAGAAAAAGAACUCUUUCAAGGUUUCAGUGGAAAAUUAGAAGAGGAUGGUUUUACCCAAGCCGCAUUUGGAAUGGCUUAAAUUUUUAAUCUCCAGUCCCUCCAUGACCAGCAGACGGUUCGAUUUGAUAAACUAGUAACUUUUGAGACUUUGAUAGGACCUCCCAAGAUGAUCAUGUUUGAAAGACGCAUUUGGAAUGGCUCAGAAUUCAUCUCCUCCAUUUCCAGGCACUCCACGGUCACCGUAAUCCGGCUCUCGGAAGUACCAACACCCUGACGAGGAGCUAUCAUCAGCCAACGUCUUCAUUGGCUUCUUCCUCGUCGACGAACCUUUUCGGAUCGACUUCUUUCCAUCAUCCGACGAGUGUCGCCUUGCCUACCGGCGGAAGUCCUUCUCACGCUCCCUACGAUCGCGGUCCGUUUUUAUUUUAUUUUUAUUUUGUUUGAACCUUUUUUCCUAACUUCAUUUAGACAUGUAGACAUGUAGACAAGGGGGACGUCUUGAAUUUAAAAAAAAAAUAAAAGAAAUCGGACUUUUUUAGAGGGUUUUUGAGUAGUUUAGAUAGAGGAUUUGGUCUUAGAUUUUGAAAAAUCUUCAUAAAAUUGGAAGUUUUUAGAUCAUUCUUCAGUAAUCUUUCGUCGUUUUUCUCAACCUUUUUGAAAAAUUCCCACAGUAAUACUUACAGUAGUCCUCAUUAGAAUAAGCUGCUAAAUUGAGCCUCUUUACAGAAGGAAGUACAGUAAACUUCUUCCCCUUCUUGGUGAUUAUUUUUUUUUUGGAUCAAACGGGCUCAAAAACCGAUCAAAACAAAAGUCAUUUUUGAUGCGUUGGCAAGGCAAUUAUUGUUGUGAAACUGGAUAUUUUGUCGUUUUCAGAGACUUUUUAGGGUCAGAAUAUUUUGAAAGGCCUGUUUUUUGGUUUGAUGGCUUUAUUUUGAAGUCAAAUUUGCUCUAUUGAUAGUUGUCUUUUUGAAAAGUUGGAGCCUGGCGGUUUCUAUAAAUCAUGAAUUUUGGUGGUUUUUAUGCCUCUUAGUUGCUCCAAUGCCUCUUAGUUGCUCAUGGCCAAGUUGCUCUAGCGAUAAAUGAUUCAAAUUUGAAAAUUUGGCGCUUUUUUCCGUGUAACAGUUGCUCCAAAGAGAAAAUCUUGAAAAUUAGAAAUUUUGGUCGUUUUUGUCAUGCCCAAGUUGCUCCAAUGAGAAAAGUGAAGGAACUUCAUCUUUUUUGUCAUGUCUAAGCCGCUCUAGCGAUAAAUUGAUCGAAUUUGAAAACUUGGCGUUUUUUUUCCGUGCAGCAGUUGCUCCGAGGAGAAAGUCUUGAAAAUUAGAAAUUUUGAACGUUUUUGUCGUGCCUAAGUUGCUCCAUUGAGAAUUUUCCUUGAUACUUUCUUUUUUGGCUCAUUUUUCCCCUCAAAUUUGCUCCACGGAUAAAUUUCACAAUUUUUCGUCAUCCGGGAUGAAAAAGCUUGUUUUCAUCAGUCAAACUUGCUCCAAUCAGAAAGUUUCGAAAAUGCGGAAUUUUAUUCUAAUUUUUCAUGCCGAACUUGCUCCAAUGAGGAUCCACUUGAAUUUUUCUUUUUUGGCUCAUUUUUCCUUCCAAAUCUGCUCCAGGGAUAAAUUUCACAAUAUCCCGUCAUCCAGGAUAAAAAUAGCCUUGUUUUUAUCAACAUAACUAAUGGGAAAAAAUUUGGGGUUUCGGCCAUUUUAUCGUGCAUAAGUUGCUCCAAUGAUAAUUUAUCUCUUUUGGCUCAUUUUCCCUUACAAAUCUGCUUCAGGGAUAAAUUUCACAAUAUCCCGUCAUACCGGAUAAAAAUAGCUUUGUUUUUUUUUUGUUGUUUUUCAUUCAUUCAUUUUGAAACCGACCUGUCCCGUCACGUCAUUUUUUUUUCAUGAAGAAAAAGGGGAUUCCCCUCUAUGUCUAUAUGGUGUAAAGUGUUCAGAAACGACGCGAAACAUUUUUACGAUUCGCCCCCCGAAAAUUGUUUUGUUUGUUUUUCUCACGGCCCUACUGUUGAGGCGUGAAAUUUCAUGUUGCGGAUCACCCUUUUUUAUUUUGUGAGUCAUUUUUUUUGGAGGUUUCAGCAAAGGUCUUGAGUUUUUUAAAGCUUCUAGGGGCCUUUUCAAGCCCAAAAAUUGCGCUCAACCCUAAUUUUUCCUUAAUCCGGGCUUACUUUGGUCAAAAAUAAAGCUUAAACUUUAGUUCCAUGAGAGGUUUCUAAUUUAGGAAGUUUGGAGAUGUGACAACCGACGUUUAAUCUUCUUUUCACCCUUUUUCCUGACUUUUGCACUUUCUUUUCAGCUAGAGUCUAGUUUGGUUUAAGAGGAUUUUGUAGGAUUUUGUUGUAUUUUCAUUAAAUCUCUUAGAAUCGUUCAAAAGCGUUUUCAAGCCAAACUCCUUUUAAUUUCAAUCGAAAAGCCAAUGAAAGUAUGUUCAUUCGAUUUUUAAGACAUUAAUCAAAUUUCAAGUGAGAAAACGCUUUUUUGAAGCCAAAAAGUUGAUAAACCCCAACUUUUGAGCCCUUAAUAGUUUCAAAGACCCCAAAAAGUCAACCUUGCUCCAAAAUGGUCCUCACAAGCCAUCUGCCCCUUCACAAGACAAUCAAAUUGGACCCAAAAUCCUUCUUUUUCGUGAUUUUGCCAGCUUCUCAAGGGCCUCUAAUUGUCGAUCUCCCAAUUGGCUUUAUUGGGAUUUCAGCCUGAAGCUUAUUUUGGACUCAAAAGAUUUUUGGAACGUCUCAAAAUGACCUUAUGAACCACGAAGGAACCUUCAAAAUCAAGCAAAUCGCACAUUUUUCAUCGUAUUUUUACUUAUUUUAAUUUUUUCGAUUUUUCUCAAAAUGAGAAACUUUAUUCAACUCAUUAUUUUCUUUUAGGACACUUUUUUUGCACUCUUGAAGUCACUCAACGUCAAUUUCUUCAUUUUUGCAGCCCCACCGGAUUUAUUUAAGCCGCCCUUAGGCCUCUUUCUAAUAGGAUUAAUAAAGGGUGAGAGAAAAAAAAAAUUUCCGUUUCGGAUUAAGUUUUUGCAGACCAAAAUACACAUCGAUUUUUUCUUGUGCAAAGUUUUGGAUGUUUAGUUGGACUCAUUGUUAAGCGACCACGUCGGUUUUAGCCAUUCCAAAUGCGGCCAUAGAGAUGUGAGGCCUUUUGAAAAUGUUUCCCAAAUCUAGUAGUUUUUUUUGAAAUUGGUUCUUCAUUUGAAACGGGUUCUCCGCUGCAGUUAGACUACUUGUCUCGGUCGCAUUUGGAAUGGCUUUUCUGGACCGCAAUGCGACCGCGACGCAUUGGAACCAUUCCAAAUGCGACCAUAGAAAUACGAGUUUUUCCUGGUUCAUUUGGAUCCUUAUGGAAGUUUUUCUUUCAAACAAACUUUUAGGUCCAGUCGGACUACGUGUCAUGGUUGCGUUUGGAAUGACUAUCUUUGUCCGCAGCGCGACCGCGACGCAACGGAACCGUUCCAAAUGUGGCCUCAGAAGACUAAUGGAGCAUUCUAA